ACCAAAGAGGCCGACUUUUCUUCCUCUUCUUCUUUCCUCCCUGCCUCCUCGUGCUCCCCUCCACCUCCAACCAACCCAAACCAAACCCUAGAUCGAUCCUAAGCCCCCGACCCAAAUUCCCCGCCGACCGGUCGAUCACUGGAUCCGAUGGCCGGCUCGCCGCCGCCAGCAGAGGAGGUGCCGAUGGCGCCGGGCUUCCGCUUCCACCCGACGGACGAGGAGCUCGUCUCCUACUACCUGCGCCGCCGCGUCCUCGGCCGCCGCCUCCGGAUCGACGCCAUCGCCGAGGUCGACCUCUACCGGCUCGAGCCCUGGGACCUGCCCCCGCUCUCGCGCAUCCGCAGCCGCGACGCGCAGUGGUACUUCUUCGCGCGCCUCGACCGCAAGGUGGCCGGCGCCGGCGCCGGCGGCCGCGGGGGCCCCGGCAACCGCACCAACCGCGCCACCCCGCGCGGGUACUGGAAGACCACCGGCAAGGACCGCGAGGUGUUCCACCGCGGCCGCGCCGUCGGCAUGAAGAAGACGCUCGUCUUCCACGCCGGCCGCGCCCCCAAGGGCGACCGCACCAACUGGGUCAUGCACGAGUACCGCCUCCUCGACAACGACGGGCCCCAGGAUAUGCAUGUGGUGUGUAGAAUCUUCCAGAAGGUUGGAUCUGGGCCUCAGAAUGGAGCACAGUAUGGUGCACCAUACAUGGAGGAGGAAUGGGAAGACGAGGAUGAUGCAAUUGAGAAUACACCUACCAGUGGUACAUCCACUGAAAUGCUUGCGAUCACAGAUACUGCUAGUGCGGAAUCGAAUGUGGAAGAUGAGCACAUAUUUUCUGGAAUUAAUGAGCUUGUGCAAACCCCAGAAGUGCUCAUCCCACAAGAAAUUGCUCCUCUCCAAGCAAUCGCUCCUCCCCAAGCUCAAGAUUUUAAUGAGACUGGCAUGGUCAGCCAUGCUGACGGUGAUGUUCCUCUGGACGAGAUUUUGCAGGAGCCUGUGUCAGAUGUCAGUGUUGACAAUACAGGUGAACGUGAAGAGCAGAGUCCCCUUGAUGAUCAUUUCAGUCUUGCGGAUUUGUCUGGAUGCCCAAAUCAAGAUGAUGGAUAUGUACGUCAGGCUGGCCCUAUCAUGUUUAGUGACCCAUCAAAUGGUGAUCAGGCAUAUUAUCCUAUGAGAACUUAUGGUAAUCGAAACCAUGCCUAUCGGGCUCUUAGUGCUGAGGAGUUCUCCGACACAGGAAAUGGUACCAAUGCGUAUUCAGGGCAGCAGCAAACUUGUCCUUCAGAUGACCAGAACUUGUAUUCAGGACUGCAGCAAGCUUGUCCUUCAGAUGAGCAGAACUUGUAUUUGCCAACCAAUAGUCUGCCAUUUCCACAGCAAUUGGACGACAAUGCGCCGUUUUAUGAGGCAUCAAGCGAUCACAAAUGGGAAAAUGGGAAGGAUGAUUAUGUAAAUGUGGAUGACAUUUCUCUCUUUGAGGAUGAUGAUAUCAUGGCUCUCUUAAAUGCCUCAGAUAACGAUUUCAGUUUAGAUCUUUUGGGCCCAGUUGACGGCUCUAAUUCUCAACUUCCAGCAGCAUCGAACUUUGACCAAAAGGAUGAAGCAAAGGCUCAAUAUGGCGCGUCUUCGUCUGCUUCCCGUGAGAACCUUUAUCCAGACACCAUGGUUCCAGAUGUGCCAAUGGAUGACAAUGCUGGCAAAAGAUACUUCACAAACAUGCUGGGUUCAUACCCAGCCCCACCUGCAAUGGCUUCGGAAUUCCCGCCAACCACAGGAAAAUCCAUCGCUGCGCUCAGCGGGCCUAGUCAGAUUCGUGUCACGGCGGGCAUCGUCCAGCUCGGCGACCACAGUUUCACCGGCAACGAGGGCAGCUGGCCACUGCAGAAGAACGGAGUCUUCAACCUGCUCCUUUCUUUCACCGUGGAGAGCAACGUGUCAACGAAGUCCAUUAGUUUUGGCGACGAGCCAGCCACCACACGGGUGAGCGCCGUGCCGACGGUGCUGCGAGGCGGCCUGUACCUCUUCUUUGUCUCGGCCAUGAUCCUCAUGUUGAGUUUCAAAGUAGGGUCCUGCAUCUACAGCAGGUAAGUUAAGAGCCCGCCCUCGGGGCCGUUCUUAUUCUUGUUUAGCGGAACUAUACAUGGCGCCCCCUCGACGACGGCGUGGGAGCAAACGACUCGAGGACAGUUUUACUUUUACGCACUUAGUUUGUCAUGUCAUAUGAUCCUGACUUGGUGAAAGGUAUAGUAAAAGCAAAUAAUCUCUCGAACUGGAGAAAGCCCGGUCGCUUUGCACGCGCUCGGUGCUGGGACCUUUGUGAUUCAUCCUAGGACCUGUAAUUUGUUCUGUUUAUUUGGUCGCUGCUCAGAGUGUUUGGAAACCCGAACGAUGUAACAUUGAUUAUAAACCAUGGUAUCUCUUGGUUGUUUGGCGUC